AACCAUGUGCACUGAAUGUUUUGUCAACUCAACAAGGCUAUUCAAGUCUAUAAAAUAAAAGAAAUAUUUGAUUUCCAGGGAGUGCCACAGAAAGACAUGUCGACGAUUAAGAAGAAGCAUUAGGACUGGGUCCAUUUUCUAUCGGUCUCACUCCAGCCUUUUUACAUGGAUGAAAUACAUACACAGAUUUUCACAAGGUUUGUGUAUGCGGCAAGUGGACAUGUUGCAAGAUGGGAUUUCUAAGAGUAGCGCUACACUCUCAAGGAUGGCAAAGAAACUUCGGCACAUCUGUCUUAAAAGCAUGAGAAAGCAUCGGAAGCAAAAAGGGCAGAGAAUAGGUGGAGUUGAUGUCCUUAUCCACAUUGAUGAAAGCAAAUUCUGUCAUAAAAGAAAGUAUGCCAGAGGACGUUUUGGUAACACAUGGAGGAGAAAGACGUGGGUAUUUGGGAUGUUGGAGAUACGGGGCAACUCCAGACGACCCGUCCUUCGUCUAGUGAAGAGGAGGAACAAGGCUACCUUGGUUCCUAUUAUCAAGAAGCACAUAAAACCUCAGAGUACGGUAGUAAGUGAUGAGUGGAGAGCAUAUUCAAGUCUUUCACAGGAAGGCUACAGACACGUGAAGGUCAACCACAGUCAAAAUUACGUAGACCCAGCUACAGGUCUACACACACAGAACAUUGAGAGGGCAUGGCAGACCUACAAGAAGGAGGUAUGGCGGUUGCGUGGAAACCGAACAGAAAAGUCUCUGAAAAGGCAGCUCUGCUUCAUAGAAUGGACCUACUGGUUGGGCAAAAGACAUAAACAUGGAAUCCUUGGUAGACUUUUUAAGGACAUAAGAUAUUCAUGAAUGGAGACACAUUGUAGAUAUUAGCCAUUGUAAAGUUUAUACUCUCCUCUUUUACUAACCUCUCCUAACCUCCAAAUGUGAAUUGUAGAAGUGAACACAUAUGCACUUGUGUUGCAUGGUAUACUGGAAUUUCAGAAACCACCAUUCAACAUAAUGAUCAACCUUAGGCUCUGUAAUUUCAUAAAUUAUGUUCAGCAAUGUUGCAGCAGAUUUCAGUGCAUCGCUUGUAUUAGAGGCUCUGUUUUUGUAUAAGAUGUGUACAUUUUGGUAGA